AUUUGAGUGCUUUUUCAUUGUUUUCUUUUUUUCUUUCAUCUCUUUUUUUUUUCCUCUUUGCUGUUCUGGGUUUUGCUUCUUCUCAAUAACAAUAAAGAAAAAUGGACCCUUUGAUGCUUAGAGUUUAUGCCUUAUUUUGCCUAUAAUGCCUGUGUUGAAAUGCAUAUGGAGUUUUCUGAUUACACAAGAGUUGUAUUCCAUCGAAUCAGUAAAAUAGAUCCAGAGAAUGUAAAAAAAAUCAUUGGUUUUUUACUUCUCCAUGAUCAUGGUGAUCAAGAGAUGGCUAGAUUAGCACUAGGACCUGAUAGCCAUAUCCAGGAAGUUAUUAUGCUAGCCAAGAACGAGCUGCAUCAACUACGAUCGAUGCCGGCCCCGGUAUCACCCCCGUCCCUGUCCCCAUCUCACGGAGGUUUCAUUUCAUCUGCUAUUAGAAACAGGCAGUUUUCAACUUCCCCUCCUGGUUGGGAGCAGCCACAACUGACUAACAAACCUACUCCUGAUUACAUACCAUUAAGCUACUCUGAUUCUAUGUAUGAAUUACACAAUCCUCACUUCUUUUGUUUAGAUGACCAUAUGGAACCGUCGAACUCCGGUCUCUCUAGCUUUGAUUGUAGAUAUGUGGAAAAUGCUGCAAUGGUCAAUAGCUUUAUUACAAGGAACACUCGCCAUUACUCGAAUGUGCCGGAGUUUCAGCCUAGGACAUGUCACUACUUCAACAAAGGAUUUUGUAAGCAUGGAAGUAGUUGUAGGUAUCUCCAUAGUGGGAGCCUUUAUAAUAGCAAUUCUAAUGUCAAUGAUGAUCAUGUUUUCCGACCUGGUUCGCUCGAGAGGUUGGAGUUUGAAAUUGUUGAGCUUCUUAAAUCAAGAAGAGGCAGUCCUAUUUCAAUUGCUUCACUGCCAAUGAUUUACUAUGAAAAGUAUGGAAAAGUUCUUCAAGCUGAAGGAUACCUAACUGAGAGCCAGAGGCAUGGUAAAUCAGGUUUUAGCUUGACAAAGCUCCUCACUCGAUUGAAAAGCAGCAUCCAGGUGAUCGACAGGCCUCAUGGACAGCAUGCAGUCAUUUUGGCAGAAGAUGCUCCGAAAUUCAUGGACCAUCGGAAGGAUAAGAAUGACCCCGGUCCGAUCGUUAGCAGCGCACGACAGAUAUAUAUGACAUUUCCAGCUGACAGCACCUUCACAGAAGAUGAUGUUUCUGAUUACUUCAGUGUCCACUAUGGACUGGUUGAAGAUGUAAGGAUACCUUGCCAACAAAGGAGGAUGUUCGGGUUCGUGACGUUUCACAGUAUCGAGACUGUGAAACUAAUCUUGUCUGAUGAUAGCGAGCAUUUAAUUUGCGGGGCUCGGGUUCUCGUGAAGCCUUAUAGAGAAAAGUCCAAGCUAUUGGAAAGGAAGUACCAAGAAAGAAUUGAACAGCAAAAUCAAGAUUAUUUUUCUUCACGCUAUAACAACCUCGAACCCGAGCAGCUUCACUUGAUUGCAAGAGGCUAUGAUUUUUCCCCCACGAUGCUGAGGUUAAGAAUGGAAGAACAGCAGCAGCGGCAACAACAACAACACGCACUCGAGAGGAGCCUUUCCGAGAUGACCUUGAUUCAGAAAUCGGUCGUGAAUCAGCCCUACUUUAGCUAUCAGAUGAAUGAACUGAAACUUCCAGUUCCAGAAGAAAGAUUUGAUCAUCUGAUGGAUAUUCUGAAUGUACUGAAAAGUGGCUCUGGCUCUAGCUCGAGCUCAAGCUCUAUAACUGAUGAAAAUAAGCAACCCCGGAACGUUAUAGAUUGGAACCACAUCGAACUCAACCUCAAGAGUGAAGGAUAUAAUCUACCAGAAAGUCCAUUUGAAACUUCAACAGGAAACAACACAUAGAAGUGAUAGAGAUACAUCCAUACAAACAUAGGAUUAUCAAAUCUUCUUUUACAUAUAGAAGAGGAAGGGAAAAA